UUCAACCGUCAGUCGAGGAAGAGGAAUUGUGUGAACAUGAGAAGCAAACCAGGGUCACCUUUCUUGUUUUUUACCCUUUUAGACUUUUUCUAGGGAAAUAAGCUUCAAUUGUCAGAGUGGAUGUGGUUUUAGACAGUCUUCGGCAGCCUGUGUUUCCACUUCACACGCCUGCCAACUAAAAUAUCAGCGACAGAUGACAGUGACAGGCAGGGUGUUGUUAGCUGUUCAGUGAUAAUAAGAGAUAAACGGCUGUCACGCGCAGAUAAAACGGACAAUAACGGUCUAAACUCGACAAUGUAGCGGCAACAAGCUACAACUGCUCGGCUAUGGACACGGUGCGAUGACCUAUCGACUGGGGGACUAAAAAUGUUUCUCCGAGUGGACUUACUCAACAAGAAGCACCUCGAAACCUUUAAUCACUGAUUUGACUGACCACUCAGGGAAAUACUUUAAUUUAUUUGACCUUUUUGUUGAGCUAGUAUCAACAAUUAAACUCUGACGAUGCGGCUUUUAUUCCGCAUGUCAAGGUGCUCUCAUGGAGUGUCCAAGCUAACACAGCCGAGGAUGUUAUGGCUGGAGCACCGCAUGACUCUCUCAGCUGGCCCCCGGAGGAAGAGACAGUCGACUGGGGUCAAGUCUUCAGCCCACCUGACACCUGCCUUCCCUCUCUGCUCACCCGGGCCCUUCAUGUUUGUCCUGCCCUCCUACAGCCCCCUCAGAGGUCUCUCCAUACUCUGCCCACACACACCUGCAGGCCGAGCACGGACAGUCUUACACACACCUGUUGCCUUUGCCAGCUCCUCGGCCGACUCUACACCUACACCAGCCGGACGGGUGAAGACCCAGACGGACACGGAGAGCGACCAAACCACGGUCCCUCUGGAGGACGUUAACAGGAUUUUGAAACUUGCUCACCCGGAGAGAUGGAAACUGGGAGCUGCUUUCGGCUUCCUGACUGUCUCCAGUGCAGUAACCAUGUCAGCUCCAUUCCUACUGGGUAAAGUGAUUGACACCAUUUACACUGCUGGAGCAGACACCGAGACAAUGACAGCCUCCCUGACAUCAUUAUGUAUCAUGCUGACGGGAGUGUUCCUGUGUGGCGGGGCUGCCAAUGCUGCCAGAGUCUACCUCAUGCAAACCUCAGGCCAACAGAUUGUUCGUAAUCUCCGUGCCUCCGUAUUCUCCUCCAUUCUCAGACAGGAAGUGGCAUUUUUUGAUAGAAAUAGGACCGGAGAGCUUAUCAACCGCCUCUCUGCUGACACGGCCGUGGUGGGCCGCUCGAUCACUGACAACCUGUCAGACGGGCUGAGAGCCGUCGCCCAGGCAGCUGCUGGUGUCAGUAUGAUGUUCUAUGUCUCCCCCAGUCUUGCGAGCUUUGUGUUGCUGAUCGUUCCUCCUUUGGCCGGUCUUGCUGUAGUGUAUGGCAGAUAUCUUCGUUCCAUCUCCAAAUGCACACAGGACGCACUCGCACAAGCCACACAGUUGGCUGAGGAGCGUAUCAGCAACAUGCGGACGGUCAGGGCUUUUGGGAAAGAGCUGUCAGAGGUUAACGCAUACGCUCAGAAGACAGACGAGGUCCUCAGCCUGGCCAGGAAGGAGGCCGUACUACGAGCUGGCUUCUUUGGAGUGACUGGUCUCAGUGGUAACAUCAUGAUCCUGUCAGUGCUGUACAAAGGAGGCCUUCUGAUGGCCAACCAGCACAUGACCGUGGGAGAGCUGUCAGCGUUCCUCAUGUACACCUUCUGGGUGGGGAUCAGUAUUGCAGGUCUGAGUUCAUUCUACUCUGAGCUGAUGAAAGGUUUUGGAGCAGGAUCCAGACUGUGGGAGCUGCUGGACAGAAAGCCUGAGUUUCCUCUUAAUGAGGGCCUCAUGCUUCCUGAGGACCAGCUGAAGGGUCGGUUGGAGUUCUCUGAUGUCUCCUUUUCCUAUCCGACCCGUAACGACGCUCCUAUUUUCCAGAACCUCAGUCUGCUGGUCCCAGCUGGUACCGUCAUGGCUGUGGUGGGACCCAGUGGGUCUGGAAAAUCAACCCUGGUCUCCCUGCUGCUCAGGCUGUACGACACCGACGCUGGUGUCAUCACUAUAGAUGGUCAUGACAUCAGAGAUCUGAAUCCCUAUUGGCUCAGGAGUCACAUUGGGAACUUGAAGACUGUAUUCCCAUUUGUCUUCCAGGAGCCUGUGCUGUUUUCUUGCUCUAUAAGAGAUAAUAUAGCGUACGGUGCAGUGGACCCAGACGCCGUGACCACAGAGGAGAUCUACAGGGCAGCCAGAGCGGCCAACGCCUUUAAUUUCGUGAAGGCUUUUCCCAAUGGCUUUAACACUUUAGUGGGGGAGAAAGGAGUUCUGCUGUCAGGUGGUCAGAAGCAGAGGAUCGCUAUUGCCAGAGCUCUGCUCAAGAAUCCUAAGAUCCUACUGUUAGAUGAGGCUACCAGUGCACUGGAUGCUGAGAAUGAGUUCCUGGUGCAGGAGGCCUUGGAGCGUCUGAUGGAAGGGAGGACGGUCGUGAUCAUCGCUCACCGUCUGUCCACCAUCCAGAAUGCGAACGCCGUUGCUGUUCUGGACCAGCGACGUAUAGCCGAGUGUGGCCAGCACACAGAGCUGCUAGGCAACAGGCAAGGACUGUUCAGAAAACUGAUGGAGAAACAGGCGUUUCUACAAGAUGAACAGAAACUAGCACUGCGCUGAGAGGACAGUGAGUACCGACGAGUGGAUGAGGAAGAGGGAGAAUUGAGGAGGGUGUGUUCAAUGCCUGGGAAAUAAGAGGCUUUGCUCCAGAAGGGACGGGGGCAGAGAGAUGGAUAAAAUAUUAAGGAAAGCAGAACUUUCCACAGGACUACAGAUGAACACUAGAGAGAGGGGAGAAUGGAAAACCACUAAGAAACAUUAAAUGUGUCUUUUCACUGCUGAAAUUAAUAUUUAGCACCACAGGAGCCGUUGGGAAGGAAACAGACAGGGUAACCCACAGCCAAGACCUAAGAACUGAAACAUGGAUCAGCGAGCUCCUACAGAUGCUUUAUUUUGAAAAUAUCUUAUUCUACACUGAAAGACGAGGUCUAAAUGAGCGUGAAAGGGAGACAUGAUGAAGUCAGACACUCCUCACACAGAAAGCUCAUAGCCAACAUGUUGUUUUUUUAAUGACUGCCACCGUAGUUUUUGGGGAAAUCCUGUUUUUAAAUAUGAAUCUGGUGUAAAUGACACUAAUUCUCUGCUAUGGGACACUGUAGUCUGUUCAUGAUCAUUAAACCAAAAACAGUCCAGUAUCAUGUAUACAGAACUGCUAAAUGUAUAUAUGUGUCUAUGUAUUGUUGAUGUUUAAAACUUGAAACUUACAUGAACAGCCUUUUGCAGUCAUUUCUGAGUUUAUUCUAGCCAAAUGAAGCUAUAAACUAUUGUGUUGUAAAACUGGACUGAACACUAUAAGACAUGUCCCAGGUGAGGUGCCACAUUUGGUCUCAGUUUAUCACAUUUACAUUGGAAUGGGUUUGCCAAUAUUUCUAGAGUCAGUUAGUUUUCUUGCUCUGUAUUUAAAGGGAUAGUUUGGAUUGUUUUGAAGUGGGGGUUAUUUUUGGUAUUUAUCCACAGUCAGUGUAUUACCCACACGCCCCCAGUUUGGAGAAGCAGACACGGUGCAUGGAAGCAAAGUACUUCUGUCACACAAUAACACAAACAAACGAUGGAGCUCUGGUAGACGAGCAUCUCCCAUCUCCUGUAGGUAAUACACUGACCCCCCCCCCCCCCCCCACCCACACUUAAAAAAGCCUACCUAUGCCUUUAAGUGACAGCCCUGCUAAACUUUACUGUCUUGGGAAAUUUGAUUGCGAUAAACGGCCUAUUUUCUGGUAGAUGUUCUGCUGCUCUCGGGGAGCGGGGGUACAGGACUCAUGUGAUUUAAAGUCAGAGGUGGCCUGUGUGUCAGGAUCACCCCUCCCUUUAGAAUGGUCUUCAUCUGCCUUCAUCUAAUUUAAACAUUUCUGGCUGCCACCUGUUGACCACCGUGUCCGUCACACAGCUUUUUAAAGCGACUGUAGAUUGUUCUACUCGUGAGCAACAACUCGAUGUCUGAUGAGAAGCUCUAAGACACUGAAGAUGAAGAACAUAAAUUGCUAUAUUCCACAGAGUCUUCUCUCUCGCCUUGUCAUGCAAGUGUCAGGGAGACAAACCUAUUAAGUAUGUCUGAUUGUUAAAAACAGACGGAGAAUUGUAUUUAAAGGAACUAAAACAAGAGGAAAACUGAUCUCUGAUGCAAUAUUCAGAGGAAAUAAUCUGAUCAAUUCACUCGUUUUACACAAACGUCCUGCGGUGUUGUUCAACCUCGAGUAUUAAACGAGAUUGUCUGCUCUAAUGCCGUAACUGCAGGAAACCAAAUUACACAUUUAUGCCUUGAUUUACUUUCAGCACAGAAUCCCUGAAACAGCCGACGGGCUCAAACAUUUUAAGUCCUCCGUUUUCCCGUGAUAACAUUUAAUUUGUUUUCUCGAGAUCAUAAGUUAUUUAUGUCAUCUCGAAAUAAGAAAUGUUGUUUUCCAGAGAUAACGGGAUUCUCUUCUCUAGUUACGUAAUUAAUUUGAGAUCACGAGAAAACGAUGUUUCAUAAAUUAGAUAAUAAAUAUGGUAAUUUCAUCUAAUAAUUGCAAAAAUUAUAUAUCAAUUAGAUAUUAAUACAAGAGUUUCUCUGACAGUUUGUGUGAAUUGCUCUGAAGUUUUACAAUAAAUGUGAAUGUCUUGAUAAUAUUUAAAAAAGGGAUAAAUUAAUACAACAUUAAUAAAUGGUAGUUAGUCAUAUGAAAGCCUUCUAAUGUUGUCCGUGUACGAUGGUAAUCAUUUUCUGGUUGUAUAAAUUUAGAGGUUUUAUAUAUUUAUUACAGUGUAUGGCUGCAACAUGUGCGCUCUGUUAAUCACACGCCGUUUUUAUCCUCGUUGUUUUCUUCUUGUUGUUUUGCCUAAAAGGAAAAUGGUUCUUACUUACUUGACUAACAUGAACAUUUAUUGUUCUUUUCAAAGUUAAAUUAUAUUUUGAUAUGAUGCAUUGAACAUUGUCUCUGUACAUCACAUGUCCAGACUUGUGAAAGUAUGUGUGUAAUAUUAACAAACCCUGCUGUGUUAAAAAUCACCUCAUCACCUCAUCACUCACUCCGUAAAGUAAACACCGAGGACGCUCUGAGAGUUUGCUGAUGGAUCCUCGUCCUAAAGCAAAUAACAAGACUGCAGAAUACUUCUUUUUAUUUUUUAUUACUUGUAUAAGUUAUAAAUAAUGUGACAUAAAUGAUGUAUGAAAGAUUUGAAUUAUUUUUGUGUUUUGUAAAAUAUUAUACUUCUAUGUAAAGGUAAAUAAAGUGAGAUAUUAAUAGUUUUA